CUUUUCUGUUACCAACCUGCUUGUCAAGGGGGAAUUGCCAAAUGACGUCAGGUUUUGUUGACAACAUGGCAAAAUUCGCCCAACAGCCGGUUUCGGCUGUCAGAGCAAAAUUGCAUAUGUUCUCUUAAUUUUAGCAUUUCAAUACCGUUUACCGUUCGAAAAACUGCACCACUUCAAGCGUUUGAUGAUUGUCGAUAGAUAGAUAAGUGAAUCACCAAGUGGCAAACAGGUUAGAACGUGGCAGAGAAAGGGUGUAAACUAUGUUAUAGUCAAGUGAAAAACCUGCAAGCCACCAAACAUGUUACCGUUGUCCCAUAAAGAUACAUAUUCGAGAGGGUUUGGCUCUAGAAUCAAGGAAAAAGUCAAUGGAUACAUACGGAUAAUUUUCUCAGAUCGAAGUUCUAGAAACUUAUUUCUGUUUUUGUUGUUGAAUUUCUCCUUUGCCUUCGUGGAACUGCUGUAUGGAAUAUGGAACAACAGUCUAGGAUUGAUUUCGGACUCAUUUCAUAUGUUCUUCGAUUGCACUGGCUUAGUAGCAGGCCUGGCAGCCUCAGUGAUCACAAAAUGGAAAGCUAACGAUAGAUAUUCGUAUGGCUAUGUGCGAGCUGAGAUCCUAGCAGGGUUUGUGAACGGCAUGUUCUUGCUCUUUAUUUCAUUUUUCCUGAUGUCGGAAGCGGUGGAACGUGCCAUUGAACCCCCAGAGGUAAAACACGAAAGGUUGUUCAUAGUAUCCGUCCUGGGGCUCCUUGUAAACUUAGUGGGUGUUUACGCCUUCCAACAUGGACAUUCUCAUGGAGGAGGUUCAUCGCAUGGGCACAGUCAUGGAGGUGCCUCACAUGGUCAUUCCCACAAUAAUCAUUCUCAUGACCACUCUAUUGAGAUGGACAAUGAGGGUCCUAAUUCCCAAAUCAUGAAAGGUGUAUUUCUACAUAUAUUGGCUGAUACCCUGGGAAGUGUGGGCGUAAUCAUAUCAGCAGUGCUAAUGCAGAUGUUUGGUUGGAUGAUAGCCGAUCCAAUCUGUUCAAUGUUUAUAGCGGUUCUGAUCGCUCUCAGUGUCUUGGCUCUAAUCAAAGACUCUGUGGCCGUCCUCAUGCAAAGACAGCCGUAUUCCUUGGACAGUGUACUGCCACAGUGCUACCAAAAAGUGAUCAGCUUAGCUGGAGUGUAUUCCGUGCAAGAACCACACUUUUGGACGCUAUGCAGCAACGUAUACGUGGGUGCUAUCAAGCUGGAAGUUUCGAAAAAUGUGGACCCGAAAUACGUGGUUCAACACACGCAAAUGAUUUUUGCUUCUGUCGGUGUUAAACAGUUGUAUGUGCAAUUAGACUACACACCCAUGUGACUGUAGUCUUUGGGUCGCAAGUGAUUUUUGCAAAUUAUAUAAAGCAAAUCGUGAUCGUUUUGAUUAAAAUGUGUUUACAUUGUUUGCCGAAAGUAAAUUGGAAAAUAAUGCGAACAAAUCAAAUUUCUACGUAAUUACCAAUAAAACUGCAAGUCACUGAAAGUAGAAAGCUGUUCAGGAAAUUAGUCUUUUUCCUGCAGAUAGGAGCAGCUAAAAAUCAAAGCAAACUUGCAUUGUGUUUGGAUGGAUUGGCAAAAAAACUCUCGACAAUUUGUGUUCAAUGGCUUAUGUCCAAACUAAAAAUCGACACCUUCAACCAGUCAUUACAGCUAAUUUUACUUAUUUUUAUACUUCUAUAAUUCAUUAAGAUAGUGCGGGAUAAUCGAAUGGACUAACGAAUUUGUAAUUUGCGUUGCAAAUAGCUUAGUUUCUUUUGUAAAUGGGGCAUGGAAUAUAUAAUAUUACUGUGUA